AUGGUGGAAUCGAAGCCGAGUGCGAAGCCGCUCGGAUUUUACACGAAAGAAAAUGCUGCGUUCAAUGUGUUGCAAAAUACAGCUAUCACAGGAGCUCUAGGCGGUGUGACUGGCACAGUAGUGUCGGUGCUGCGUGCUUCACCGAUCCAGCCAGCCAUAGCUGCUUAUCGUAUGGUCAAAGGAUGGUCCGCUUUCUCUUUUGGAUUCUUUGCGAUACGAGAAUACAUAAUGCAGCCUCUCACUGCACCUGUGUGGCCGAUGUGCCAGCAGUUAGGCCACGCUGAAAAUAUCGCGCCUUCGUUUUUUAGUGGGGCUGUCAUGGGCAUGUUUUCUGCAUUAUGGCUGCGGCGACCCGUUGUGCCUGGCAUUUUCACCAUGUCUGGAAUCUGUACAGCUAUUCAACUGGUAUUUAAUGAGUUCAAACUCGGUUUAUUGAGGUUCAUGGAUGAGUCGGGCACGAUUGAAGACGAGUCUGCAAAGCAGCCUUCGUCCUCCUUGCCUGCUCGACAACCCUUAAUGCCGGAGCACUCUGAGCCUACAACGUCUAAACCUACAUUGUAUGAGCAAGCGCAGCUGGCCAUGAAAAAGUACAGCCCUAUUCAGUCUAUAUCAGAUGACGAGUACCGCGCGCGGCUUCUAGAACGCCAACGUGAAAUUGAUGCGCAGCUACGUCUGCUCGAGGAAGAACUCUAUGAGCGAAGACGUGCUAUGAGCAUCGCAUAA